AUGUCUCAGCAUCAGGAGAGUGAGCUGCUGGAGCUCGAGGAAGAAGCUCAGGAACCAGGGGGGGCUCAGAGCCUGCAGGAUGACCCUCUUCUGAAGCUGCCCUGGGGUGAAGAAGACAAGGAGGUGGCAUUCUUCUUGUCUUCCUCUGCCUUCCAAUGCCCCUCUGUCCUGUGUAAAUCUGAGGAGGCGGUUCCAGGCACUCUCAGUGCUCCCGAGAGCCCUUGCAGUGUCAGCUUGCUUGCCCCUCUGUGCAACAUUGCCCAGGAGGAGGACUUCGGCCUCCAGCAGGCAGACUCCCAGGAGGCAGCAGAAGCCCGGCCCAUCCAAGCUGCACUGCAGGAGAAGUUGGCUGACCUGGUGUGGUUCCUGCUGCUCAAGUACAGCACCAAGGAGCGGACCAGUCGGGCCGAGAUGCUGAGAGAAGUGCUGGGCAAUGACCGGGAGCACUUCCCCACGGUCUUCAGCCAAGCCUGCGAGUGCAUGCAGCUGGUCUUCGGCAUAGAUGUGACCGAAGAAGACCCCGAUGGCCACUCCUGUGUCCUAGCCACCACGCUGGGUCUCACUUUCGACGGGCUGCUGAGCCCUGAGGUGCUCAUGCCCAAGAUGGGCCUGUUGGUGUUUGUCCUGGGUGUGGUCCUGCUGGAGGAAAACUGCGCCUCAGAAGAGAACAUCUGGCAAGUGCUUGGGGGGAUGGGGGUGUAUGCAGGGAUGGAGCACUUCAUCUUUGGGGAGCCCAGGGAGCUCCUCACCGACGUGUGGGUGCGGGAGCAGUACCUGGAGUACCGGCAGGUGGCCGGCAGUGAUCCCCCCCGCUACGAGUUCCUGUGGGGCCCCCGGGCUCACGCCAUCUAG